CUCGGAGAUGGCGCAGUGCCAUCGAAAACAGUGCCAGCGACAACGCAACGGAGAUCGCGCGUCUAAGCCCGCCGGAAGAUAAACGACAAUAACGCUACUAUAGCACCCCGUGAUCCGGAACAAUGCCUGUGAUCAUGGGCAGGAAUGGAUUACUCCUACUUUUCUCCUUAUUUAUAAUUAUCCUGGAAACUUUGCACUCAGCAGAUGCCGUGUGGACACGGCACAACAGCAAUGCUUAUCAAACCAGGAAGCGCUCAGGUCCGAGUAAUACGUGUCCGAAGGUAGGUGCCAUAAAGAACUUCGAUUUGGAACGGAUGAUGGGAUGCUGGCAUGUGGUGCAGUAUUAUGCUUCCACGGAGGAAAUGCCCGAAUACGCAUGUAUGCGAAGUCACUUUUCCUUCUCUAAGGAAGAUCAACAUAUAACAAUGAACUUCAGCUACAUAUUCGCGGAGGAUCCAUUGCGAGAAAAGCUAGUUGGCAAUAUCACAUGGAUGAUACCAAGAUUCGAGGAGCCAGGACAUUGGCAACACACGGAGGAUAUAUAUGAGGGCAUUUACAACACAUACGUCUUGGACACAGAUUACGACACCUGGGGCCUGGUUAUGCAUUGUGCCGAAAAGAAGAAGCAACCGCGUUACCUUUCCGCAUUGCUUUUGUCCCGGAAAACGUCAUUGGCGGACAACGAGAUCAGCUUUCUGCGUGGCAAGUUGCCGCAGGAUAUCGACGCAUCCUUUAUGUUCGACAUCAAUCAGGACUCGUGUGACCACCUUAUGGAGUCAAGUCGGGACGAUCCAUUGGCCUAUGUGGUGAAUGGACGCCAGAAUGCCAAAGAAAUAUUCAAGGUUGUCAAUAAGCUGUGAAAGUAAACAAUAUUCAUAAAUGAACCGUAUUAAUAUGCAUACUUAUCUAAACUUACUAAUAAGUUUCCAUUUUGUUGGUGUUAUUUUAUAAAUUUUGCACAAAUAAAAGGCGUAUACUGA